AUGCAAGAGGCAGCUAACAAAGUGGAGCAAGUGAUGGCAGACUUACAACAAGCAUUUCCAAGUCCUCAGUACUUUGAGAUUUUGAACAAUGAUAGGUUUGAAGAGUUUGUAGCAUCCUUUGACCAGUCCAUACAGGCAGGUAACAGCAAGCAGACCUUCAGAUUCUGGAACUCGUAUUUGGACAUGGUAGAGGUUCUGUUGCUCUUCCUGAGAGGUACGCGAGAGGGAAACUGGAAUCUGCACUUGGCAAGUGUCAGACGUAUGCUGCCUUGGAUAUUUGCAUAUGACCAUAUUAACUACAGCCGAUAUCUUCCAGUGUAUUGGCUAGAAAUGAGAGAUCUUCUAACCACUCAUACAGCAGUUCAUCAGCAAUGUAUAGAAGGCCACUUCACUGUGCAAAGAAGCGAGAAUGCAUUCGCUCAAAUAGCUUGCGAUCAGACAAUUGAACAGACCGCCAAUCGCGAUCCCAAGACAAAAUGA